CCGUUAGUAUAUAAACCCCUGACUGCAGUUUGAAUUUACUUAAAUGUAUUGUUGUCGUGAUAACGUAACUAAUAUGGAAGCUACGGAAUUUAUGUUUGGGCCUCUUAUGGCCAGUUUCCUGAUCGGAGUUGCUGUCAUAUUUUUAAUAUACAGGUACUCAACUAGCAGGCAAUCCUACUGGAAGAAUAAAGGUGUACCACAUGUAAAACCUUUCUUUCUAUUGGGCUCGGUUUUAGAAAACAUAUCACAGCCUCUUCAUGACACAGAAUUGAACAGAUACAAGAAGUACGGUGCCAUUUACGGCCAUUUUGAAGGCAACCGUCCACUGAUUUCAAUAGCGGAUCCAACUCUUCUACGAGAUAUUUUUGUGAAAGAUUUCCAGUUCUUUACUGGACGGCGGCAAUUUGGUAACGGAAAUCCAAUAGUAGAAAAAAUGUUAUCCGUUGUAAAUGGAGAAGACUGGAAAAGAAUUCGAACCAUUGUAACUCCUACUUUCACCACCGGAAAGAUAAAAAGGAUGAUAAGUAUAUUUAAAGACUGUUCGAAAACAUUAGUAGAAAACUUUAGAAAAUUUGCCGAAAAAGGACAGCCCGUGGAAGCUAAGACAAUUUACGGAACUUUUACGAUGGAUAUCAUUGCUAGCUCGGCAUUUUCUACUAAAAUUGAUUCUCACAACGACCCCAACAAUAUAUUUGUACAAACGGCUAAGGCAGUAUUUAAAAGAAAUAUUAGUUGGAGGUUCGUACUUUUUGUUCUGUGGCCAAGUUUUAUGAGAUUCUUCCGAAUAGCAGUUUUUGCACCUGGGCCAUUGCAUUUCUUUACUGAAGUCACACAUCAAAUUAUUGAAGAAAGAAAAAAGACAGGAAAAACUAGGAAUGAUUUUCUGCAAUUGCUGCUGGACACUGCCAAAGAUGUAUCAAAGGAGGAAACCUCGGAUGCCUCAGAAAAGGAAACGGGAGAUAUUGCACAAAACUAUAAUGACGAUGACCAUCAUCAUCACGUUUUGAAAGAAAUUUACUCCAAGAAAAAUUUAUCUUUGGAUGAGCUUGUUGCGCAGUGUGUGAUCUUCUUUUUGGCUGGUUACGAUACCACAGCAUCUACUUUAGCUUUCGCUACGUACAACCUUGCCUUAAAUCCAGACGUUCAGGAUAAACUAAUAGCAGAAAUUGACGAUGCAGUCAAGGAGAAUAAUGGCGAACUGACAUAUGACGCUAUACAGAGCAUGAAGUAUCUGGAUAACGUUAUAUCUGAAACUCUGAGGUUGUAUCCUCCAGCUAUAAGGACUGAGCGAGUUGCAGAUGCUGAUUACAAACUAGGUGACACGGGAAUUACCGUUCCAAAAGGCAUGGUAGUAACAACACCUGUCUACGCUAUUCAUAGAGAUCCAAAAUACUAUCCUGAACCUGAAAAAUUUAAUCCAGACAGGUUUAAUCCUGAAGAAAGAGCCAAGCGGGAGCAGUAUACUUUCCUACCUUUCGGUGCUGGACCUAGGAAUUGUGUGGGUAUGAGGUUCGCUCUCAUGGAGAUUAAAGUUUGUCUUGCUGAAGUCUUGAGGAAUUUCAGAAUCAAGAGGUGUCCUCAGACGAAGGUACCUUUAGAAUUUUUCAUUGGUCAAGGUCUGUUGCAGCCAAAGGAUAUCACAGUUCAGUUAGAAAUUCGAAAAGAUAAAGUCUGAGGAAUUUGGAAGAAAGAAACUGUUUUUCCAGAUUCAGCAUUGCUCCACCGAAUUCUUCGUUGAAGACUGCCGAUUUCAUGAUUUCUCAUAAAAUGUGAUUUUAACAAAACAGAACAACUAUGCAAUGAAAAUCUUCAGUAUAAAUAAUUUUUGCAUGUUUUAUAUUCAAAAUGUACUGGUUUUCAUUGUAAUUAUGAAGGCAUAUAUGUGCAUUUCAAAGUUGAAUGCACGAUUAAUCUAUGUUCAUUAAAAAAUAACUUUUUCGAAGUACUUUAAA